AUGCUGCUGCGAUCGCCGCGCAUGGCGAGGGAGUCACCCACCCCCAAAGCAUCGUCAGUGGCCGCCCCGAAUGCUUCUGCCGCCCCCGGUCAAGACUGUCCUGACGCCGCCGCGCUGCCUCCAUCCAGUGUUGCCGCACUGGAUCAGCAGCAUCAUGGCCACGGUGCGCAUGUGCUCGACUACGCUCCUGCGCCUGGGUGGACCGCGCAUGUUCAGCAGGAGACCGGAAGGCUCUACUACUGCAAGUAA